AGCUUCCAAUCUUUUGGCUCCCACGUUUCGGGUACUGCGGGGUGAGACAGCGCACCGCAGGAUUCGAUGGAGCCAACAUACCAAUCGCCUCAAUUUCACGGAGGUGAUGGGAUCGUCACACCCAGUGGGAGCAUCGAAACGAACCUCGAGGGCCGCUGCACACUGGAUGAACCUGUCAUGGAGACCAUCAUGCGCGACCUGAGGUCUAUCGGCACCAAGCUGAAGUAUGUGAUGCUCCCCCGUGCGCGGGCAGACAAAGGAGCUGGACUGCGAGAGUGGGACCUUUGGGGUCCCCUAGUCCUGUGCCUGGCGCUAGGCAUCAUGCUGUCCUUGCACGCUGAACAGGCCUUGGACCUUGCUGAGCUCUGCGGCCUUCUGGUGGCCUUGGUGUCGCUUUUUACCGAUGGCCGCGGUGGCCGCAGUGGCCAGGCUUUGCGAAGCCAUUGCCUCUGGCGCUUUUCGUUUGACGAUGCUUUGUCCCUGACCGAUGCAUCAGCGCGGGAGUUGGCGAAUGCUGCCUGGGCCUGCGCGAAGGUGACAACUGCAGGCCUCCCUUGCCUCGAGCGAAUUGCAACGGCAUCCUUGGAGAUGGAUCCCAGGCCGAAGUUCAAAGGGAGUUUCACUGCUGUGGAUGUGGCGCAGCUUUGCUGGUCUUUGGCCUCUUUGACAGUUGAGGUUCCCUGGUGCCGGGCCGCAGCUCGUUGGGUCACCGACCAACCAGCGACUACCGCGUUCCCUGCGCAGAGUGUGAGCACUGUGGCUUGGGCGCUGGCACGAGGCGCUGCCAGAGAGGGAGCCAAGAGCGAAGCAGCUGCAGCGGUGGAGCUGCUCCUGCAGGGCCUGGAAGGUGACUUGGAACCCCGGCACUGGUCCAAUUUGUCCUGGGCAGCUGCCAAAGUGAAUGCUGCCAGCCUGUCACCAUUCCUGUGGCAUCUGCCGGUGGAGCAGUUGAAGCAGCCGCAACACCUGGCCAAUGUGGCCUGGGCCACGGCAGCAACGGCAGAAAUUUCGGAAACGGCUGACAGGUUGAUGCCGCGUAUUGCCUCACAAGCACUGCAACUGGGUCUCCAUGUGUUUCAAGAUGAAGAGUUGGCAGGCCUUCUGUACGGAGCGGCUUCCAACCACUUCGUGGAGGAGAGGUUUCUGACGGAAGCGCAACAGGAGGUCGCAUCGCGAUGCCUGGGUGGAGUGGAGUUAGCAGGGAUCUUCUGGUCGUUGAGCGUCUUGAGCAGUGCUUCAGAACCUUUGCGCUGGGAAGCCGCCAACAGAGCAGUGGAACUCUCGCCACAAGGCCUCGCGAAUGUGGCAUGGGCAUGCGCACUGCAGGCCUGGGAUGCCUGGGCCACAGCUGGUUUUCUGGCAGCUGUGAAGUCCCAUUUGAAGGACUUCUCUCCGCAGGGCCUGGUGAAUCUCGCAUGGUCGUGGACGGAGAUGGAGGUGCAUCCUGGAGAGGAAGGUGCCCUUCGAAAGAUCUUGCUGAUGGCUGUCGAACGAGCCGAAGAACUGAAGGCCAUGGAGUUCUCAAGUCUCCUCUGUAGCUUGGCCAAGAGCCGCCGAGCCGAAGAAGCGGCCGCGCUGCUGCGGCACUUGCAGCGCUUGGAGGAGCCGAUGGGAGAUGAAAUGAAGUGA